AUGGCAAAGAACGUAUGGAAAGCGUGCGCCCUUGCAAUCGCAUUGGUCCAGGCCACCGUCGGUGCCAACAUCGUCACCUCUCCUCCGGCUAUCCUGCCCCGAGCAACCGGAACAAUACCAAAGGGAUCAGCUUGUUCUGCUGCAUCCAGUGCCUCAUCAGCAUUCGCAUCCGCAAAUCCUGACCGGGAGAAAGCACAGAUACCUGCCGAACUCGCCUACGAAUGCAUGAAAUCCGUGCCGAACUACCAAGAGCCGGCGAUCCGCCUCCUGAACUCUUUGCGGACGUAUCUCGAGUUUCAAAGCAACAAAGAAUAUCUGCUGAACCCGCCGUCGGGCUACCUCUUUCCCGCCGUCGAUCUCGAUGGGGGUUUGAACAGUAUACAAAAGAAGGUGGAGGCUGGCUUAUAUCAGAGUGAAUAUGACAUGCAGGCGGAAAUAGUUGCAUUGUUGACUUCGGCACGGGAUGGACACCUUUCGUUCCAGAUCGACUUGUUUUCCUCCUUCACCUUUCUUCGCACUGCCGGGGAUGGCCUGGCUACCAUCUCCUCAGACGGAGUCGAGGAACCACAAAUGAUAGAUGAUCUUGUGUUGUCGGAUGAAGAAACUGGCCUGCCUCGCCCUGUGACCGGAUAUGCUCCUUCCCCAGUCACGAGUAUUGACGGCGUCGAUGUCGUUACCUUUCUAUUGACCCAAUCUAUGGUUCGCGCGGGUCAAGACCCGGACUCCCUAUGGAAUCAACUGACUCCCAACUUGGUUUCACAGCGGGACGACUCAUUCCGGGCCUCCCUUUUUUACCCAGGGCCUUCAACCAACAUUACGUUUGCGAAUGGAACUACGCGCGAAUAUCCCAAUAUCGCUGUCGUCAACGUGCUUCUUGAUGGUGUCCAUACGGGGGACGAUGCCUACUCCUCGCUGUGUUACGGUGCCUUUGACACAGAGACGCUACGGGCCACAGCCACAUCCACAUCCUCUGCCAGUAGCACAAGUCCAACCACCUCAGAGGCCCCCACAACAACCGAGGCAGCCCCAAGCUCACCUACCAUUGCAAACUUCCCAUAUCCAGUGAUCAAGCACAGCGCUGAUUCGGUAGCUGGGUACUAUCUGAACGAGACUGGCCUGACUGAUGUGGCUGUUCUUCAGAUCCGAGAGUUCGAAUCGGAGUCCAGUGGGGACGAUUAUGAAAGAGAAUUUCAGUCAGUGAUAGAAAAGUUUCUCGAUGCAGCGGUCAAGACCGGGAAGAAAAAGUUGAUCGUAGACCUUCAGGGCAAUCCAGGUGGCUUUGUUGUCCUUGGAACCGACACCUACGCCCAACUCUUCCCAUCCAUCAAGCCCAUUGACAAGUCGAAUGUGCGGGACCAUCUUGGCUUCUGGAUCUUGGGCAAUGCUGCGUCCGAGAUGUAUUCGAAUGCCACGAAAACCGACGACGAAAGUGACGAGCAAUACGAUACGGUUGCAUAUAACACACUGGCGUACCAGUCGAUUGUAAGCCACCAGUUUUACGACUUCCCUGAUUUUGAGACAUACUAUGGGCCCUACCCCGCGAACGGUGGGAACUUCAGCGCCUACUUCCAGGUCAACUACACGGAUCCGGGUUACACCAACUUCCAAGAUAACGGCAUCAUCAUUACAGGGACGAAUAAUCGUACGGGAUUUCGACAACCGUUUGCGGCGCAGGACAUUGUCGUGCUCACUGACGGCUUUUGUGCAAGUACCUGUACAGUGGUAUCAGAGUAUUUGAAAAGUUACAGCGGUGUGCAGUUUAUUACAGUGGGAGGUCGACCACAAACAGGGCCAAUGCAAGCGGUUGGCGGUGUGAAAGGCAGCCAGGUCUUCCCAUUUACUCGGUUGAUACCAUGGGUCGAUCUCCUUCACAGUCCCAACAGUACGUUCUCGGAGCUUGCGAACGGCACAAUCUGGGAGGAUUUCACCUACGAGCCGGUGGCGCGAACGUUGGACGAACAGGGUGCCGGUGGAGUAAAUGGUUGCAACCACUUUCGGUAUGGUGAACAGACGGCCACCCCGCUUCAGUUUGUGUAUGAGGCAGCCGACUGUCGGCUCUGGUGGACGAGAGAAAUGAUGUAUGACCCGACCUUCAUUUGGUCACGAGUCGCAACCGUGGCUUUCAAAGAGCGAAAAGGGACACAGUUCAACUCGAAAUAUUGUGUCGCCAACAGCACAGGACAUCCGACCAGUAUCUCUGGAGGGUGGAAAGCGCCGUGGCUGGGGCCGCAAGACCCGCCGGACAACAUCAGGGCGGGGCUUAAAGGUUGGAAGCUACAUGGCAAACCUCUUGAAGCGCUGUCCCCAGGACAUUCGACCACGAACUCUAAGCAAACCGCGACCAACUCACCAACAAGCUCAACGAAGGGGUCGAAGCCAACUUCGCCACCAGGCGAUACUUCGGACAAGGCAUUUGAUGAUGACGCCGUUGUCGAUGAUAUUGUCGUGGAUGGCACCGACAUCGACGAUCUCAAUGUCGACAGUGAUGAGUUGACCUCGAUCAAGCAAGCGUGCUCCUCCUAUACCGGGGAUGCGUGGCUGGUCAAGGUGAUUUGUGGGGCAUUGAACGGGUCGAAAUGA